AUGGACGACAGCGACGACGCCCAUGGAUCCCUCCAGAGCGCACUCCCGAGUAUUACAGAGCUAUUUGGCAUCAAGGCAACCGACAAGCUCGAUUCGCUCGCUGCAGGUGCCCAUCGGCCACCACGUGCUAUAGGACCUCCUCCAUCUGCGUAUUCUCGCCAGGCCGUGCGCGCGUCGUCGCCCAGCUCGUUGGAUCAAGCCAGAAGUCCAUCGCGAUCCAACAGCUUUAGUUCUGGUCAAUAUGGCGAAGUGGGCCGCACACGACGUCCUUCGCCUUCUCCUCGCGGCACGAGAGCGUCGACACCGUAUCCAGCUGCCAUGAUUCCAGUAAACUCUCGCUCUUCAACACUGCUUACCCAGUCGCCAACCGAAGCCUCUUUUGCCCACGCGCUGCCUCCACUUUCCGCGGCGAUCCCAGAAUUCACGCCUGCAAAUCGCGGCAGAGCCGUGUCGGAUACAGAGGCGCAUUCCCGUGUGGGACCAUCCGGGAGAUCGUCUGUGCACUCGUCCUAUCACUCGUUCCUCGACUCGGCGCCACUUCAUCCUAGUCUAUACCCUCGUCUACGUUCAGACUCGGUCGACGAACAGCAGCAGCGACGACACGUCGGCAGAAGUCCGGUGCAUACAGUAGCCGACGAUGUGCAGCAUCCCUCACCUUCUGCACGUAGUCAUGCUCACAGCAUCCCGCCGAGCAGCGCGCUGUCCGACGUGGACACUGCUCAGUCCCACGCCUGGGGCGGUCGUCGAUCCAUGAGCGGCACGUCCCGAAGUAGCAUGGAGUACCCGCCUUCGUCAUCCUCUCAUGAAUACACGGCCCACCCUUAUGCUUCGUCCCGCCAGACUGGUCAAUACCCUGCUCUGCCGCACGUUGCUACUGCACCUGCUGUCCCUGGACCCUAUAGCUCUGAAAGUUCGACGCAUGCUUCGCCUUCCCGCGGUCAUGAUCGUGCGCCACCCUCUUCCUUCCCUCAUGGGGUCUACCCUACUACGGUCAGCCGACCCCGCAGCGCAAACUCGUCCGAGGGCGAUGAAUCCAAACCUGGCUAUGGCAAAUACGAGUGCGAAUACUGUUCAAAGAGAUUCAAUCGGCCCAGCUCGCUCAGGAUUCACAUCAAUACACACACCGGAGCCAAACCGUUUCAAUGUCCCUUUCUCAACUGUGGACGUCGCUUUAGUGUCAUGUCCAACAUGAGACGGCAUGCUCGCACGCAUGGCAACAUGAUGGUCGUCCAACCAGACGAGGAUCAGACCUCGCAAUACCAGUCAGGCCAAAGCACCGGCCCCCGUUCUAUGCCGCCUUCGAGGAGAUCCGGUGAUCAUGAUUUACACGGAGACAGCGGAAGGGGCAGUGGUGGGCCUUCCUCGCUUGGGAGCACGUCGUCACGCCGUCAGUCCCACCCACAAGGUCGCUCAAACCAUCACCCAGCACGUUGGAUCGGUUCCAACGGACCUGAGAAUGCAGGGAUGGAGGUUGAUGAGCUCGACGACGACGAAGACGACGAGAUGGAGACUGACGCCGGGGGAGGUUCAUCUGAAUCGGAUGGAUACCCUCCCCGUAAAUCCCUCCAGCGAUCCCAGUCUAUGAAGGCGUCGAUCCAAUACGGUCGCUUCCCACAUUCGCCCACUGCUCCAUGA